AUGGGCCUGACCAGGGCCCUGCGCCGCCUGAGCGGCGCCCUGGAGUCAGGAGACAGCAGAGCUGGAGAUGAGGAGGCGGCUGAGCAGGGGUUGUGCCGCAACGGGUGGGCGCCGGCGGUGUCCCCGGUGGGCGCACGCCGGGGACGUUUCGUCAAGAAGGACGGCCACUGCAACGUGCGCUUCGUGAACCUGGGCGGCCAGGGGGCGCGCUACCUCAGCGAUCUGUUCACGACGUGCGUGGACGUGCGCUGGCGCUGGAUGUGCCUGCUCUUCUCCUGCUCCUUCCUGGCCUCCUGGCUGCUCUUCGGCCUGGCCUUCUGGCUCAUCGCCUCGCUGCAUGGCGACCUGGCCGCCCCACCGCCGGCCGCGCCCUGCUUCUCGCAUGUGGCCAGCUUCCUGGCCGCCUUCCUCUUCGCGCUGGAGACACAGACGUCCAUCGGCUACGGCGUGCGCAGCGUCACCGAGGAGUGCCCGGCCGCCGUGGCCGCCGUGGUGCUGCAGUGCAUCGCCGGCUGCGUGCUCGACGCCUUCGUCGUGGGCGCCGUCAUGGCCAAGAUGGCCAAGCCCAAGAAACGCAACGAGACGCUCGUCUUCAGCGAGAACGCCGUCGUGGCGCUGCGCGAUCGCCGCCUCUGCCUCAUGUGGCGCGUGGGCAACCUGCGCCGUAGCCACCUCGUGGAGGCCCACGUGCGGGCCCAACUACUGCAGCCCCGUGUAACCCCAGAGGGUGAAUACAUUCCGUUGGACCACCAGGAUGUGGACGUGGGCUUCGAUGGCGGCACUGACCGAAUCUUCCUCGUGUCUCCUAUCACCAUCGUGCAUGAGAUCGACUCUGCCAGUCCCCUGUAUGAGUUCGGCCGGGCGGAGCUGGCCCAGGCUGACUUUGAGCUGGUGGUCAUUCUGGAGGGCAUGGUGGAGGCCACAGCCAUGACCACGCAGUGCCGUUCCUCCUACCUUCCUGGCGAGCUGCUCUGGGGCCAUCGUUUUGAACCAGUCCUCUUCCAGCGUGGCUCCCAGUAUGAGGUCGACUACCGUCAUUUCCAUCGCACUUACGAGGUCCCAGGGACACCUGUGUGUAGCACCAAGGAGCUGGAUGAACGGGCAGAGCAGGAAUCCCACAGCCCCAAGGCUAGCUUUCCUGACUCUUUGGCUGCAUUUUGUUAUGAGAAUGAACUUGCUCUGAGCUUCUGCCAGGAGGAAGAAGAGGUCAAGGAGGGGGAUGGGGCGGAGGCAGAAGAUGGGGCUGCUAGCCCCAGAGUCCUCACUCCCCCACUGCCAUUGACCCUGCCUCCAUGA